AUGGAGUUGAUGACUGCUGUAGAGUAUUGGACCACUGCUGUCACCUUCUUGAUGAUGGCAUCUGGCCUCCCACCCUGUUAUAACAUGUAUAAAAAUAAAAGUACCAAAAAUAUUCCAUUUAUAUUCUUCCUUAUCAGUGAAAUGAAUUCAUUAUUUGGAGCGUGUUAUGGAACUUUGUCAGGAAAUUAUAUAGUAUUUAUUAUCAAUGUUGUUGGUUUUUUACUCUGGGGUUUUUAUAUAAUCGUCUAUGUGUUUGUCUCUAAAACAAAGGUGAGAAGUAUUGGAAUGGUUCUUAUUAUGAUGAUAGUUUGUGGUAGUCAUCUGAAAUAUGUCAGUACUUUCACACAACAUAAAGAAAUGACUUCCAUGUUGGGCCAAAUAUUAUUUGUAUGGUCCAUUAUUUUACUUUUAACUCCAGCAUUAGAUAUUAUAGCUGUUAUACAGCAAGGAACAUCAGAAGGAAUGUCUGUAUCAUUAUUAAUAGGAUGUGCCUUAUCAUCAUUAUCAUGGUUACUUUAUGGUUAUAUGCUCAAAGAUCUAUAUAUUUAUGGACCAAAUAUUCCUGGUACGGUUGUUAACAUCGGAAAAUUCAUCGCAUUAUUUUGUUAUAAAAAGCCUUCGAAAUCCUUGAAAUCUGAAUAG